AUGGGACAAUCUAACGAUAAUAAAGAUGAGAUAUUCUGGUCAUCUAAACAUUCUACAAAUGCACCGUUGUCUGUGCCAAAAAUGUCACUUGGUAGUUCUGCAACCACGAUAGCGCAGAAUGACAAUGGUUCGUCCUCACAAAAAAGAUCUUAUGAAAAGAGAACCAUUGGAAACGGAGAUGAUUUAUCUCGUCAGGAUACUGUAGACACAGAUCCAAAAUCUUUUAUGAUAGUUGACGUAGAAUUUUUUCCAGCGCUCGAAAAAGUAUUAAUGAACCAGACUGGCUCUCCAUUAUCACAAUAUAAUUUUUAUUCUUAUCUGAGACAGGAGUGGCAGGGCGAAGAAAAUCUGAAUUUCUGGUUGGAUGUUGUGACCCACGAAAAUCUAUUUGAAUCAUGGCGAGAGUAUCAGAAUUAUAUAAAGAAAGCGCGGGGCCACGAAGAAAAAGGUCGUAUAAUCUAUGAAGAUGAUGAUGAAUACGAAGAACAGGAUUUUAUACAAGAAUGGGAGCCAGAUCAUAAUUAUCAUAAUUCAACAUCAAGUGCCGAGGGCGGAGUAACUGCCUCAAUCGACUCAAAGAAUCCAGUAAUACCAUCACAAUCUAUGUCAUAUGGUCACGAGAUUACCAUAGACUCACCAGGAGAUUCUAGAAAAAGGGAGGUAGUUAAACGCAUAAGUGAAGAUGAACUAGUAAAAUCGGCGCAAAAAAUAUACCAAAAAUUUGGUCAAAUGAAUAUCUUACCCGAUGAAAAUCGACACACAAUGUCGGAUCUUAUAGAACGCCAAGGAAGAUACAAUCCCGUGGUAUUUUCUUCUUCGAAAUCUUAUGUUUAUCACAUCAUGAAUGUAAUCUAUUAUCCGAAAUUCGUUCAAACGGCCGUCGAUACGAACCUGACUCAAAUUCAUGCUAUCAUCGCACUACCUCUGGGAGUUAUAUCACUCGCUUUUGGCUUUUCUCUGGAACUUUAUAAUAUAUUUAUGGGUUGGGAGAAUCGUUUGUUGAGGUUAUAUUGGUUUCCUGCUAUAUGGCUCGGUUGGAUAUUCUUACAGACAGCCGCCACAAGGUUCUUGCCGAUACUCAGCAUCUUUGGUGUUAGUGAAACCGAACUUUUCCGAUUUAGCCGAAUUCGUGAAAGAUCUAUUUUGCAAGCUCAUAGGAAAAGAGCUUUCACUUUUAUAAUAUGGGAUACG